AUGUUGGAAGAGUACAGCAGUGAAUUAUCGCAACAACGUGCUGGUGGUAUGGAAAAUUCCCAGACAACUUCGGGAACGUGUGGGUCAGGUAGCAAUAGCGUCUUAUGUCGGCAUCUGGAUGGUGCUGUUUACAUAUCAGCUUGUGCUACGAAAAUGGAUACCAUUGUUUUUAUGCAUAAAUGGAGCGUUACACAAUUUUCGGUGCAACAAGAAUUGUCAUCACCGGGUGAUUUCAUUGAGUCGAACAUAUUCGGCUCUACGGACUAUGAUUAUCGAUUCCGGCUUAAACUAUUUCCGUGCGGUAAAGAUGAAGAAUGUCGAGGAUAUCUUUCCUUAUUUCUUCAAAUUUUCAAAUGCCCAUCUGCAAAGCUCCGUUUUCGAGUAAACUUCUACAUUGAAGCUGCGGAUGGUCCGCGAGGGUGUGCACUGAAUAAAAAUGUUGUCACUAUCAAUCGCGGUGGAAUUGUUACUGCGUCAAAAUUCUUUUCCACUGAGACUUUAAAGAGCCGUGUUGCUAAAUUCUUACCGGAUGAUGUCUUAACUGUUGGUGUGGAGUUAACUGUAUACGGGGACCAUAACUGCACUGAUUUCGAACCUGAUCUGGAUGUGUUUUGCGGGAAUAAUGAUUCUUCGGGAUCCGGAAUCACCUUGGGCAUUAGUGAUGAAGUUAAGACGCGCCUUGAUCCACAUUUUAUUGGAUGCGAUUUGGGACAGUUAUUGGAUAGUGGCGACUUUUCAGAUUUCACACUUCGUGUAGGUCAACAUUCCUUUAAAUGUCACAAAGCAAUCCUUUCAGCGCGAUCACCUUUUUUCCAGGCAAUGUUCAGAGACCAGAAUAAUCAAGAAAGUUUGAGUGGAGAGGUAAAUUUGGAAGAUAUAACCCCAGAAACGAUGGCAUGUGUUCUGGAAUACAUUUACAAGGAUAAUUGUUCGGAAUCAUCAAAGCGAACGCUGGAUAUCUUAGCUGCUGCAGACCGAUUCUGUCUAGACCGUUUGAAGAAUCUUUGCCAGGAAGUCCUGGUAAAAGACCUGUCACCCAGCAAUUUUUGUGAACGUCUUCGAGCUGCUGAUAUGUAUAAUGCGUCCAUCUUGAAAUGGAAGAUUUUGAAUUUGUUGCAAAAGCAUCGCAACUACAUUAUCGAUAAUGAGGACUGGGUCGCACUGGAAAACGAAUGCCCGUAUUUGGCAGCAACGGUUGCAAGGCAUAUGUUGUCCACUGACAGUGUCGGCAAUACAUUAUCAAAUUCCACUACCAACAUGAGUAAUUCAAAUCAGCAUAUUAAAGGAAUAUUGGUCAAAAGACCACGACUGGACUAA